AUGGCGAAGAAGGGCCAGGAUGAGCCGCUCCCUCACCCCUUGGAGCCGGAGCCGCAGCCUCAGCCCGGGGGGAGGGCGAUGGGGGAGAAGCGCUUCAAGCUGUGGUAUGUGGGUUGGUCCUGCCUGGACAGACGGACCACGCUGCCCAUGCUCCCCUGGCUGAUGGCCGAGAUCCGCAGGCGCAGCCAAAGGCAGGACCCUGGCGGACCCCUGGGUAGCUCGGUGCCCGCCCGGGAGGUGCUGCUGCUCCUGGGCUCCCCGAACCUCCGUUGCGUCCCCGCCACCUCCAGCGGCAGCCCGGGCAGCGCCAACCCGGCCGUCUUCAUCUUCGAGCACAAGGCGCAGCACAUCUCCCGCUUCAUCCACAACAGCCACGACCUCACCUACUUCGCCUACCUGAUCAAGGCGCAGCCCGACAACCCCGAGUCGCAGGUGGCCUGCCACGUGUUCCGGGCCACUGACCCCAACCAGGUUCCUGAUGUGAUCAGCAGCAUAAGGCAAGUGUCCAAAGCAGCCCUGAAAGAGGAUACCAAGCCUGGUAAGGAUAGUGAAGAUGCCUUCUACAAUUCCCAAAAAUUUGAGGUUUUGUACUGUGGAAAGGUGACUGUGGCCCAUAAGAAAGCCCCCUCCACUCUAAUUGAUGAGUGCAUUGAGAAAUUCAAUCUACACGAGCGCCAGCGCCUGAAACUGUUGAGUGAGCAGCGGAGCACAGAUUCCAGCUCAGACUUAACCUUGUAUGAAGGAGACGUGCCAGCUCUGUCAGAUAGUCCAUUUGAGGAGCUAGAUGGCACGAGCACCACCAUCGGGAACACUGGGAUCCUUACAAUUGGAGGCCAGACCAACCUGGCAGGCACCCGUGUCUCCUUCCCCGAGCGAAUUUUGGAGGAUUCUGGCUUUGAUGAGCAUCAGGAAUUCCGCUCCCGGUGCAGCAGCGUCACUGCAAUUAUGCAAAGGAGGGUUCAUGAUACCAGCCUGAAAACACAGCCACGCAGGAGACAUGCAAGUGCACCCAGUCAUGUUCAACCCUCAGACUCUGAGAAGAACCGAACAAUGUUAUUUCAGGUUGGACGAUUUGAAAUUAACCUCAUCAGCCCAGACACCAAAUCUGUUGUGCUUGAAAAGAAUUUUAAAGAUAUCUCCUCAUGUUCUCAGGGUAUACAACAUGUUGAUCACUUUGGUUUUAUUUGUCGGGAAUCUAUUGAACCUGGGAUAAACCAGUAUGUUUGCUACGUGUUCCAGUGUGCAAGUGAAUCUUUGGUUGAUGAGGUAAUGCUUACCCUGAAACAAGCCUUUAGCACUGCUGCAGCUCUACAGAAUGCCAAGACUCAGAUUAAACUGUGUGAGGCCUGUCCUAUGCACUCAUUGCAUAAACUCUGUGAAAGAAUUGAAGGUCUUUACCCACCAAGAGCCAAACUUGUAAUUCAGAGACACCUGUCAUCACUUACUGAUAAUGAGCAAGCUGACAUUUUUGAACGUGUUCAGAAAAUGAAGCCUGUCAGUGACCAGGAAGAAAAUGAGCUUGUGAUCUUACAUCUGCGACAGUUGUGUGAAACAAAACAAAAGACGCACGUCCAUAUUGGCGAGGCACCAUUGAACAUUUCAAACAGUGCAAUCCCAGAAAACACUGCCAGCGGUGGCCGGUUUAAACUCGACAUUCUGAAAAACAAGGCCAAGAAAUCCUUGACUAGUUCUCUGGAAAAUAUCUUCUCAAGGGGAGCUAGCAGAAUGCGAGGCCGUCUGGGCAGCAUGGACAGCUUUGAACGAUGCAGCAGCCUUACUUCUGACAAGGACUGUUCACCCGGGGAUUCUCCUCCGGCCACUCCUCCAGCUUCCCCCGUGUCCUCGGUCUGGCAGCCAUUUCCCGAAGAAGACUCCAAUUCUCCUCAGUUUAGAAGGCGUGCACAUACUUUCAGCCAUCCAACGUCCAGUGCCAAGAGGAGGAUUACUUUCCAGGACGGGAGGUCCCAGAGUGUUAAGUCUCCACUUCUGAGACAGAAUUCUAUAGAGCAGAGCAGUCCUGUGCCUUUAGCUCGACGACGAUAUGGUAGUGAGAGUGGACUUCCCUCUUCCUUCUCUGCCCCCUCUUUCCUGAAAAGCUUUUACCAGAGCUCAGGCAGGCCGCUCCAGCAGUCAGAAAAUGACCUUUCCAAGAGUGAUGGGGAGGGAAGGAAAAGGACCUCGUCUGUCUGCAGCAAUGAGUCUCUAAAUGCCAGUGGGGUCACUCUUACCCCCCGCCGCAUCUCCUGGCGGCAGCGAAUCUUCCUGCGGGUUGCUUCACCCAUGAACAAAUCUCCCUCAACAAUGCAGCAUCAAGAUGGGCUUGAGGGGAAUGAAUUGUUGCCACUGUCCCCUCUUGCUCCAGCCUUGGAGGAGGACCCUCUUUCUUUGAUAUUGCAAAAUGAGGAUGCCCCAGAUAAGGCUGGCGGGAGAAAAAAAUCGGAAGAGUUGCAGAGUCUGUGGAGAAAAGCUAUCCAUCAACAAAUCCUACUGCUUCGGAUGGAAAAAGAAAACCAGAAGCUGGAAGAAGCAAGCAGAGAUGAACUCCAAUCAAGAAAAGCUAAACUGGACUACCUUGAAGUUGGUACAUGUCAGAAAGAUGUCAUAAAUAUCUGGGAUAAGAAGUUAUUAAACUGCAGAGCCAAAAUCAGAUGUGACAUGGAGGAUAUUCAUACCACUCUGAAAGAAGGUGUACCAAAAAGCCGCCGGGGAGAAAUUUGGCAAUUUCUAGCUGUACAACAUCGCGUAAGACAUAGACUGCCAAGCAAACAACAACCUCCUGACAUCUCAUACAAAGAACUCUUGAAACAGCUGACAGCUCAGCAACAUGCUAUCCUUGUAGAUCUAGGCAGGACAUUCCCUACACAUCCUUACUUCUCUACCCAGCUGGGAGCAGGGCAGCUGUCACUUUUUAAUCUCCUGAAAGCUUAUUCUUUGCUGGACAAGGAAGUGGGUUAUUGCCAGGGUAUCAGUUUUGUGGCUGGAGUACUGCUUCUACACAUGAGUGAGGAGCAAGCCUUUGAAAUGCUGAAAUUCCUCAUGUAUGAUCUUGGCUUCCGUAAACAGUACAGGCCAGACAUGCUGUCACUACAGAUUCAGAUGUAUCAACUUUCAAGACUCCUCCAUGAUUAUCACAGAGACCUCUAUAAUCAUCUUGAAGAAAAUGAAAUCAGCCCCAGUCUUUAUGCUGCACCCUGGUUUCUCACGUUGUUUGCUUCUCAGUUUCCAUUAGGAUUUGUAGCCAGAGUUUUUGACAUUAUCUUUCUUCAAGGAACUGAAGUCAUAUUUAAGGUAGCUCUGAGUCUACUUAGCAGCCAAGAAGCACUUGUAAUGGAAUGUGAGAGCUUUGAGAAUAUUGUUGAUUUCCUUAAAGGCACUAUCCCAGACAUGACUAAGCUUCAAAUGGAAAAGAUUAUUACCCAGGUUUUUGAGAUGGAUAUUUCCAAACAGCUUCAUGCCUAUGAAGUAGAAUACCAUGUACUACAGGAUGAGCUGCAGGAAGGUUUGAAUCCCUGUGAUGAUGGUGAACCUUUGGAUAAAUUGGAGAGGGCCAACAGUCAGCUAAAGAGGCAAAAUAUGGACUUGUUGGAGAAGCUACAGAUAGCUCAUGCUAAAAUUCAGAGUCUGGAAUCCAACCUGGAAAACAUAUUGUCCCGAGAGAACAAAAUGCGGAGCUUAAUCCAGUCGCUGGAACAAGAGAAGAUGGCAUAUCAAAAGACUGUUGAGCAAAUAAGAAAAUACCUGCCAGCAGAAGCACUGUCUGACUGUGAACUGCUCCUGAAGGAAGUAAAUGCCAACCCAAACAAUAGAACAAAGCAAGGAAAUAAGCCAUAA